CAUCGUAUUCAUUGCUACAGGUGGGUGGGGCACCUUGCUUUGCUCAAAGCCUGUAAACAGCAAACAUCUCAAGAUGGAGACUAAAUCCGAGCAAAUGCACAGGCUGGCUGACACUACCUACAGAAACAUUGGAGACGUGAUUGGAGACCUAAAAUCUUUAUCAGCUGCUGCCAAAUCGUACCAAAAAGCCAUGGAAGGAAUGGUGUCUGCCUCAAACCACUUUUUCUUUAUUUUUGAGUCCAUUGGAGCCAAAGCUUCAAAGCUUCCUGGAGCUGUGCAUAAGCUAGGGGACAAUAUAAUGGAAAUGGUCAAUGCUCAUGAAAAGAUUAGUAAUCAUCACCACGACUGGAUACAGUCUCUGGAGACGGAUUUCAUUGUCCCUCUAGGAGCAAAGCUGGACAUGGAAUCCCAUAACAUACCUGCUCUUCACAAGAGUUACAAGCAGGAACAUUCCAAGCAGGCUUCAGUGGUAGAUAAAACGGGAAGUAAGUUGAAGUCACUGCAAAAGAAAAAAUCAUCAAGAGAACAAAUUGAGAAAGAGGCACAGUUGAAGCAAGUCCUCUCUGACUACACUGAGGAGCUUCAUGCUGCUAGAGCGGAGGGACUGAGAAAGGCUCUGAUCGAGGAGAGGAAGUUGUAUUGUUUUGUUGUCGAGCAUUUCUGUUCUGUCGUUCACAACCAGAUUGCGUACAAUGCACUAUCACAUCAAGAGCUCUCUACCAAGGUGACUGAUUGGUCAACAAAUUGUUCCUCACCAAAUGAACUUCCUCCAGAGAGCUCCAUUCUCCUUGCCGAUCCACAGUCCCCCAGAGCCUACCCUGGGUCCUCCAACUUGGAUUAUGAUGGGGGUAGUGACACUGUGGGAAUUCUCAAACGAACGGACUCGAAGAGGAGCAACGGCUCACAUGGAUCAGGGGGAGGAAAGCCAAGAACUCGAAGAAUAAGUUGCAGGGUGAAGGCCCUCUACCCCAAUCAAGUGUCCACCAGCGGACAGUUGGAAUUCACACCAGGUGACCUUAUCGAUGCCCUGGAUGAUCCACAUGAAGGAUGGCAGUAUGGAGAGAACACUCGCACUGGAGGCACUGGAUGGUUUCCUGUGCAAUUUGUAGACAAGAUAUGGCCUACACCUGAGACAGCAAGACGUAAGAAACGAAAUGAUAGCCUGAGGUCAUCAUCAGGGCAGCUGACUGGGGGCAAUAUUCCAGAGCGUGACUAUGACAGCCCCAUCUCACAGCGACAAGGCCGUGACUACAGAUGAGGGGGUGGCUUACAUGCAGUGUACAAUUAAGCAUACAUAGUUAGAUUUAUCGAAGUAUAUAGAUUGACGUUUAAAAUCAUAGCUUAGUUACAAUUUUGUCAUUCGUUUUUUACCAGUAAUAAUGUACCUUUCAGUAAUUGCAGACAUGCACAUUUGUCAUUUGCUUUUUACAAAUAAUAAUAGUUAAUUGCAAUAAAAA